CAGAGUCCUCCCCCCUCCCCGGCCACAGCGGCUGAAUUGGGGCCCCCCGAGGCCAUUCACACGGGAGCCAAGGCGGCCUGUGCCCUGCCCCCAGGGAGCACCUGGGGCCGGCGGCUUCUGGGACGGCGCCUCAGACAAAGGCAAGUAAUGGGGGGGCACGACCCUGAGCUCCCGCCGCCCGGGCCCUGCCCAGUGAUGUGCCAGCGGCGAGCCACGGUCCCCCCAGGUUGGGUGAGAGGGGAAAGUAGCGCUCGCAGCCCCGCUGUGAUUGGCGGAGGCUCCAUUACGUCAUGGUGCCGGGGCUGCCUCGCUGCUUUUGCUUUUUCUUUUUGUUCUGCGCGGGGGAGAAAAGUGGGCGCGCGCUAGUUAGCGCGAGAGGGCGGCACAUCUGGGCUGGGCUGGGCUGGGCUGGGCGCGGGGCGGCCCCGGCGGGAGCGCCGGCCACGCCACGCCACGCCACGCCGGCCCGGCUCCGGCUCCGGCUCCGGCUCCCUUCGCCUUCCCGGCGCAGCCCCGGCUGCCGAGAGCGGAGCCAGCCGGCGGCGGCGAGGGAACUGCCCGAGGGAGCGUCCCAUGAAGCGGACUCCGGCGCCUGGGGCUCCUUCGCGCUCCUUCCAUCGGCACCAGCCCCCCAGCCGCGAGCACCGCCCGGCGGGCGGGAAGACGCGCCAUGGCCUUUGAGAACGGCACCGGCGCCGCAGCGCUAAGGCCGUGGGGGGCGCCCGGUCUUCAUUUCCAGAGGGAGCCAUUUGCUGUUGGAGACCCACAAUCCAUGCAUAACCUCUCUGCUCAGCCCUGGCAGAUGAAGAUGGCCAAUCUAACCUAUGACAACUUCACCAAUGGCAACCGAUCUGCAGUGGUCAUGCAGCAUCCUUCCAACCAGUACAAAACAGUGGAGCUGGUCUUCAUUGCCACGGUAACUGGCUCGCUCAGCCUGGUCACUGUGGUGGGGAACAUCCUGGUCAUGCUGUCCAUUAAAGUGAACCGCCAGCUCCAGACUGUGAACAACUACUUCCUUUUCAGCCUGGCCUGUGCUGACCUGAUCAUUGGGGUCUUCUCCAUGAACCUCUACACGGUCUACAUCAUCAAAGGCUAUUGGCCGCUGGGGGCUGUGGUGUGUGACCUCUGGCUGGCGCUGGACUAUGUGGUGAGCAACGCCUCUGUGAUGAACUUACUCAUCAUCAGUUUUGACCGAUACUUUUGUGUCACCAAGCCCCUGACCUACCCGGCUCGAAGGACCACCAAAAUGGCAGGGCUGAUGAUUGCAGCAGCUUGGAUAUUGUCCUUUGUUCUCUGGGCGCCUGCCAUCUUGUUCUGGCAGUUCAUCGUUGGGAAGAGGACAGUCCCUGAGCGGGAGUGCUACAUCCAGUUCCUAUCUAAUCCGGCCGUGACCUUUGGUACAGCCAUCGCUGCUUUCUACCUCCCUGUGGUCAUCAUGACUGUGCUGUACAUUCACAUCUCACUGGCCAGCAGGAGCAGAGUGAGACGGCACAAGCCUGAGGGCAAGAAGGAGAAGAAGACUAAGCCACUCAGCUUCUUUAAGAGCCCACUGAUCAAACAGAACAACAACUCCUCUCCCAAGAGGGCGCUGGAGGUGAAGGAGGAGGUGAGGAAUGGUAAAUUGGAGGACCAACCCUUAGCACAGACAGAGGCUGCUGGUCAGCAAGAGGAGAAGGAGACUUCCAAUGAAUCCAGCACAGUCAGCAUCACCCAGACCACAAAAGAGAAGCAGGUGACAGAAAUCUUACCAGCUGGGCAAGGGCGGAGCCCUGCCCACCCACGGGUUAACUCGACCUCCAAGUGGUCCAAGAUUAAGAUCGUCACCAAGCAAACUGGUACUGAAUGCGUCACGGCCAUUGAGAUUGUCCCAGCUAAGACAGCUGCCUCUGCCCAGAACACCCUCUCAAACAAUCGCCCAGCCAAUGUUGCCAGGAAGUUUGCUAGCAUUGCCAGGAGUCAGGUGCGUAAGAAGCGCCAGAUGGCAGCCCGGGAGAAAAAAGUCACCAGAACCAUAUUUGCCAUCCUGCUUGCCUUCAUUCUCACAUGGACUCCUUACAAUGUGAUGGUCCUUAUUAACACCUUCUGUGAGACCUGCGUACCCGAGACAGUGUGGUCUAUUGGGUACUGGCUCUGCUAUGUCAACAGCACCAUCAACCCAGCCUGCUAUGCCCUCUGUAAUGCCACUUUCAAGAAGACCUUUAAGCACCUUCUCAUGUGCCAGUACAGGAACAUUGGCACAGCUAGAUAAGCUGGCACUGAGGGACUGCUUGUCAAGAUUACAAAGACUCAUUCUUUGCCUCUCCUUUUAGGGGGUUCUCUGCUCCCCACUCACAAGAGAUGCAGACUGUUUAGAGAUUCCACAAGAUGCCCUUCUCCGAAUGCAGCUGUAUGAUGCAGCUCUUUUACUUGUUCUCAGCCUGGGAGAAGGAGCCCUCAGACAUGCAUAAAUCAAAUAACAGCUCCUCUUCCUACACAACCCCUGACUCUACACUGGAAGAAAACAAGGAAGAGGGAACACCAGAGGAGUGUCCCCACCAACAGGUUCCAUAGUUACUUUGAACCCCAUGUAGCUCCUCCCUCUGGAGCUCUUGGCUGAAUUGGCAGCUAUCUUUGCUCUCUAGGUAAAACCGUGGAGUUUCUAAAUGGGGUUCCUGCUGAUUACACCUGUGUCACAGUGAGGUGUCACUGUGCAAUGAGAAAUGAUGUAACUGAAAUCCCUUCUUUCACUCCUUGAGCAUCCUGAUGGCUUUGCAGGUCACAUGGAGAGAAGGUUCCUGGCAUCAGGAGGGGUUCAACAGGGUCUUAAACCAUAUACUGCCCAAGAGAAAAAGGAACAUAGAUCAGCCACUUUGUCAUACAUCAGGUGUCAGAUGAUUCCUUUUGGACCAACCUGGACUGGAUGGAAAAGGCCUGUUAGAUGACCCAGACCAUCUCCCUGGGGCCAAGACAGGAUUGUUCCCGGUCAUGCAUUCUCUAGUGGCUUUAAACAUCCCACAAGAUGAAUGGGGUUCUCACCCCUUCCCUCUGGGGCGGUGACUCCAUAGCCUGAGCCAUC